GCUUGCUUUGCUGCAGCGCAGAUAUCUUCACGACAACGCCUCACAUUCCCAUUACUCGAUACUUCCCGGUUUCUUCCUUCCUUUCUCUCUCUUGUUUUAUUUAUUUUGCAUGAUACCCAUAGACGCAGAAGCAAACCACCCACCAUGCGAUUGACUGUCGAGCUCAUCCAAAACUCGCUGUCCUACAUCAACCCGCUCAAGGACCGCGAGCUGGACCUCCGAGGGCAUAAGAUUCCUGCGAUUGAGAACUUGGGUAUUGCCAAGGAACAAGAUGCGAUAGAUUUCACAGAUAACGACCUCUCCUCGCUCGGAAACUUCCCGUUCUUUCCCCGCCUGCACACGCUUCUCCUCGCGCGCAACCGCAUCAAACACAUUCAAUCUUCGCUGCCGGCUUCGCUACCGCAUUUGACGACGCUUGUGCUGACGGCGAAUAAUUUGACCGAGUUGGCGGAUCUUGAUCCGCUGAGUGGGCUGCCUAAGUUGACGCAUUUGGUCUUGCUGGAGAACCCGAUUACCAAGAAAGAGCACUACCGCUCCUGGAUCAUCUGGCGCAUCCCCUCCAUCCGCUUCCUCGACUACCAAAAAGUGAAAGACGCAGAGCGCGCCCAAGCGCGCGAACUCUUCGGCGAGUCCCCCUCUCAGCCAACAACCCUCGCUUCCAAAAUCAUGGGCAUCAAGUCGCGGACGUUCGACGUGCCCUCGUCUGCUGCGCCGGGGGCGGACGCAACGCAGGGCGACAAGGCGGUGCGGGUCAAGUUGACGGAUAAGGAGCGGCGUCGGGUGGAGCGCAUGAUCCGCGAGGCGAAGAGUUUGGCGGAGAUUUCGCGCCUCGAGAAGGAGCUUAAUGAGGGCCGUAUACCGGGGGGGCCUGGUGGGGGUGUGGGGUAUGAUGAUGAUGAUGAGGAUGAGGAUCGGAUGGAGACGUGAUAUUAACCUUCUUCCUCCGCAUUCUUUAUUUUAGGUCCUUUUGUUUGUUUGAAAGGGUUGAUGGGCUCGGCGUUGUUUGUUUGAUAUUCGAUGUUUGAGUAUCUGGGCUGUUACCCUUUUUCUUUUUACAUAUGAAAAAUAUGGCAUUAUAUGGUGAAUCAAGGGGUUGAUUAUCUACUAUAUUUUC